AUGGAUUCAUUAUCACACAUAAAGAAAGAUAUAAAGAAUGAGUAUAGAUCUUUGAAAAAUAGGCUACAGAGUAUAAUCCUUGACAAUUCAUUUUUGGAAAACGAGGUGGUUCCGUGCUUUCCAAAUUAUCCAAUUAUUCCAAACGAACGGUGUGGACUAUGGUACUGCGAUCCGAAACAUUUUGAACAAACUAGUUAUUUUAAAAGUACCGACGGUCAUAUAAAUCAGUGGGAUUUUAGUACUAGAAGAUUGAAUUUCCAUUUAUUACCGAUUUUGGCAAAAAGUAAUGGUAUUAUAAUAGUGGACAGUACAAGGCGUGGAAAGAAAAUUCCUGAUGCCCUUAGCAAAACGAUUCCUAUAUGGUGCGCGGUUCUGAAUUGCUUGAUUCUUGAGCAUGCAUCUAACGAACCUAUCGAUUAUGAGAAAGUCUUGUUUGUUCCACCCGCAACUGUGUCAAACUCUGAAUAUCACAGAAUACUUGAAAAGAUUGAAGAGCUAGUUUGGAAAUUGAAAGCACUUGAAGUUUUAAAGCCUAAGGAACUCUAUAAUAUGACGAAUGGAAAGCUCAUACGGCCAUUUUGGGUUUACCCUGGUUCUUCAUUAUUACAUACUAUCGUAGAUCCUUUCACAGGUGAGCCAACUGGAGAGCGAUGGUCAGUACCAGAAAACGAAAAUAUUAUCCCUAUUAUAUUAUGUACUGUCAGCUACCAGGCGCAGGACGGAGUUGACAAAAGGAGGGGGUUCAUCUAUGUACAGGGAGCUGCAGAUGACCAUGAACUUUGGUCCUGUGGGCUUGAACCAAAAACAUUCUGGGAAAACAUUGAUUAUUUGAAUGACAUUGGUAAAACUGAUGCUGUGCUAAAAGAAUUUGUGGAUACCUUGACACUUGAAGAAAAUCAUGAAAAGAAGGCCAGUUCUUCAAUUAUCGACAUAUUUGAGUCUUUGAAUAGAGUAACACCUGAAAUUUCUUUGGGUAAAAUUAUUGAUAACUGCGUGAUAGAUUCUAAACUGGGGGGAGAGCUGUCGGGUAAAUUUUCUUUGGUGAUUAUUUUAAGUGAAACUAUAGAAAUUACGAAGUUGGAAGAGGCAACCACCAAAAUAAUUAAAUUGUUCAAGCUACAGAGUGGAUCAAAGAAAAGUUCUAAAUCUCUACGAUUACAGUUACCAGAGAUAUUUGACACAAUUAACCCCUAUUUUCAGGAUGCCAGUAACCUUGCGAAAAAACCUAUACUUAUUUGUUGUAAUUCAGGUAACGAUAUGUCAGUUGCCGUUAUCUUAACAAUCCUGAGUAAAAAAUAUAGUGAAGGCUGGCAAUUAGAAACUUCGGAUGAUCUGUUGAUCUCGAAAACUGUGAUAAGAAAGCAUCUAGCAAAAUUAAUUUCCAGUUUACAAGGUAGGAAUGUAAAUCCGUCGAGAGCAACCUUAAACAGUAUAAACAGUUACUUGAUGUGA